GUCUUGUCAAGUGAUAUGUUUUCUUUGUAUAAAAUAUAAUCAUGUUGUUUUUAACUAAUUAAAAAAAUAAUAUUAAUUUCAGUUUAUAAAACUAAUUAUUUUAUAAAAUGACAACUUUACAAAAUACAGGAAAAUUUCGAUCCUUUAGAACAGAUACAAAAAAUGACCAAAAUCAAGAAGGAAAUGCAUCAGGUGAUGCUUCAGGAAGCAGGUUAAAUGAAGUUAAUGAAAAUAUAAGAGUAGAUGGUUUAUAUGGAUUUCAUAGAGUAAAUGAUAUAAAAGAAAGAAUAGGAUAUCUUAUUAAUAUGCAUGCAACAGAAAUUAUAGAAGAUGAUAAAAGAUUAAUGAGCGGUGUUGAUUAUUACUUUUUAGAAGAAGAUUGUACCAGAUUUAAAAUUUCUUAUCCUUAUAAUCCAUAUUUUUAUAUUUUAUGUAAAAAGGAUACAUAUGAAGAAGUUUCUACUGGUUUAAAUAAAAAAUAUACUGAACUUAUACAAAAAAUAGAAACUAUUUAUAAAGAAGAUCUUGAUCUGCCAAAUCAUUUAAUUGGUUUAAAGCAGAAAUAUUUAAAACUUUCUUUUUUAAAUACUGUAGACUUAAACAAAGUAAGACGUGAUAUUAUGAAAGCUGUUAAAUUAAACAAGGAACGUGAAAAAAAUAAUACAUAUUAUACAAAUAUGUUAGCAACUGUAUUAAAUUCAGAUCAAGAUAGAGGAAAUCAUAAAAUGCAAACUAUUGAUUUUACAGAUAAUAUUCUUGAUAUUAGAGAAUAUGAUGUACCACAUCAUAUACGUGUUUCUAUAGAUAUGAAAAUUUGUUGUGGUAGUUGGUAUAUUAUUAAAACAAGAGGAAAUGAUGUACCACUUAUUACAAAAAAAGAUGAUAUUAUUGUACCACCUGAUCCAAUCGUAUUGGCAUAUGAUAUUGAAACUACAAAACUUCCUUUGAAAUUUCCAGAUGCAGAUACUGAUCAAAUCAUGAUGAUAUCAUAUAUGAUUGAUGGACAAGGAUAUUUAAUAACAAAUAGAGAAAUAAUUUCGUGUGAUAUUGAAGAUUUCGAAUAUACACCAAAACCAGAAUUUGAGGGAUUUUUUACAGUUUUCAAUGAACCUAAUGAGAAGGCCACAAUAAAAAAAUUUUUUGAUCAUAUAAAUGAUAUUCGACCACAUAUAUUUGUAACAUACAAUGGUGAUUUUUUUGAUUGGCCAUUUGUAGAAACUAGAGCAGCUUUUCAUAACAUAGAUAUGAAAAAUAAAAUUGGUUUUUCAAAAAAUCGAGAUGGAGUUUAUAGCAGUAGACCUGCUAUGCAUAUGGAUUGUUUAUGUUGGGUAAGACGCGAUUCUUAUCUUCCUGUAGGUUCUCAGAAUUUAAAAGCUGUAGCAAAAGCAAAACUUAGAUAUGAUCCAGUAGAAUUAGAUCCUGAAGAUAUGUGUAGAUUGGCAUCUGAAGAACCAGAAACUCUUGCAAAUUAUUCAGUUUCUGAUGCAGUUGCUACAUAUUAUCUUUAUCAAAAAUAUAUUCAUCCUUUCAUAUUUGCUUUAUGUACUAUUAUUCCUAUGGAACCAGAUGAAGUACUUAGAAAAGGAUCUGGUACAUUAUGUGAAUCUCUUUUAAUGGUACAAGCUUUUCAAGCUAAUAUCAUAUUUCCCAACAAACAAGAACAAGAAUUAAACAAAUUAACAAAAGAUGGUCAUUUAUUGGAUCAAGAGACAUAUGUAGGUGGGCAUGUUGAAGCUUUAGAAUCUGGUGUUUUUAGAGCUGAUAUUCCAUGCCGUUUUAAAAUAGUACCAAGUGCAGUAGAUGAAUUAAUAAAUGGUGUUGGACAUGCUUUGAAACAUGCAAUACAAGAAGAAGAAAAAAUACCUAUGGAAAUGGUUACAAAUUUUGAAGAAGUAGUUGAAGAAAUUACAGUGAAAUUGAAAGGUUUAAGAAAUCAACCAUUAAGAUUAGAAAAUCCUGUAAUUUAUCAUUUAGAUGUGGGUGCUAUGUAUCCAAAUAUUAUUUUAACUAAUCGCCUUCAACCAUCUGCAAUGGUUGAUGAAACAGUUUGUGCUGCAUGCGAUUACAACAAGCCAGGAGCACUUUGUCAAAGAAAUAUGAAGUGGAUGUGGAGAGGAGAAUAUUUUGCCGCAAGUUUAAGCGAAUAUCAACGAAUGCAACAACAACUUGAAAAUGAAAAAUUUCCACCACAAUUUCCGGAUGGUCCUCGCAGAGCAUAUCAUGAAUUAUCUAAAGAAGAACAAACAUCAUAUGAAAAAAAACGACUUACGGAAUAUUGUAAGAAAGCUUACAAGAAAGUUAAAAUUACCAAUAUGGAAGAAAAAACACAAACAGUUUGCCAAAAAGAGAAUUCAUUUUAUGUCGAUACCGUAAGAGCAUUUAGGGAUAGAAGAUAUGAAUAUAAAGCACUUACUAAAGUAGCAAAACAAGAAGUAGCAGUGGCUUUAGCAAAAGGAGAUGCGGCUGAUAUUAAAUCUGCUAAAAAUCGGGAAGUACUUUAUGAUUCAUUGCAACUUGCUCAUAAAUGUAUCUUAAAUUCUUUCUAUGGAUAUGUUAUGAGGAAAGGAUCUCGAUGGUUUAGUAUGGAAAUGGGUGGAAUAGUAUGUUAUACUGGAGCACAUAUUAUUAUGAGAGCUAGAGAAAUUAUAGAACAAGUUGGUCGUCCUUUAGAAUUAGAUACUGAUGGAAUUUGGUGUGUCUUACCAGCAUCUUUUCCUGAUAAUGUAGUUAUUCAUACAACACAUUCAAAAAAAAAGAAACUUGCAAUAUCAUAUCCAAAUGCUGUUCUUAAUUUUAUGGUGAAGGACCAGUUUACCAAUGAUGUAUAUCAUGAACUUGUUGAUCCUGAAAAUUUUACAUAUAAAGUUAGACAUGAAAAUUCUAUAUUUUUUGAAGUAGAUGGUCCUUAUUUAGCCAUGGUAUUGCCUGCUGCAAAAGAAGAAGGAAAAAAAUUAAAAAAGCGAUAUGCAGUAUUUAAUUUUGAUGGUUCUUUGGCUGAAUUAAAAGGUUUUGAAGUCAAACGAAGAGGUGAACUUCAAUUGAUAAAAGUUUUUCAAACUUCUGUAUUUGAAUCUUUUUUAAAAGGUAACACAUUAGAAGAAUGUUAUGCAUCAGUAGCCAAAGAUGCGGACUAUUGGCUCGAUAUUCUUUAUAGCAAAUGUGCAGAUAUGCCAGAUUCAGAAUUGUUUGAACUUAUAUCCGAAAACAAAUCGAUGUCACGUAAAUUGGAAGAUUAUGGAGGUCAAAAAUCUACAUCUAUUUCCACUGCUAAAAGAUUAGCUGAAUUUUUAGGUGAUCAAAUGGUUAAAGAUGCUGGAUUAGCAUGCAAAUAUAUAAUUGCUAAUAAACCUCAAGGCGCACCUGUUACAGAACGAGCAAUACCAUUAGCCAUAUUUCAAUCAGAACCAGCAAUAAGAAAGUAUUAUUUACGUAAAUGGUUAAAAGAUCCUAGUCUACAAAGCGAUGAUAUACGGAAUAUUUUAGAUUGGAGUUAUUAUAUUGAAAGACUCGGAAGUGCUAUUCAAAAAAUUAUUACAAUUCCGGCAGCAAUGCAAGGAUUGUCUAAUCCAGUUCCUAGAGUAAAACAUCCGGAUUGGUUACACAAAAGAGUAAUGGAAAAAAGUGCAACUCAUAAACAAAGAAAGAUUACAGAUGUAUUUAGCAUAAUACAUAAAGAUAAAGAAAAAGAUAAUGAUCACAAUUCAGAAUCAUCUGAUAUAUGUGAUGUAGAAGAUAUAGCUGGAAAAGCUCCAAUAUUUAAGCAACCAAUACCAAUAGCCAAUAAAAGAAAACGACAAAAUUCAGAAGAAAAUGAAUUAGAAAAUGCAAAUAAAAAUUGGAAAGAUGUUCUAGGUUCACCACCGUCAAUGGGAACAACAAAAGAAGAAAGAUUAGAAUGGCUAAAGUUUCAUAAACAAAAAUGGGCUUAUCAAGCCAAGCAAAGAGCUGAAUAUCAAAAGAACAAAAAAAGUAAACGUUCUAACGAUAAUGGGGAUCGAAUUAGUUGGGGUGUAAUACGAAAUACUAAUACAUCCACGUUAGGUGGUUUUUUGAGAAGAGCUCAAAGAAAAUUGUUUAUGACGCCAUGGCAAAUUAUACAAAUAUCACAAACAAAUGAACCUGGUUUAUAUCGAUUAUGGAUAUUAAUUGAAAGAGAUUUUCAUCAAUUGCGUCUUGUAGUACCUCGUAUAUUUUAUGUAAAUACUCGCAAACCAAAACCUGAUCCAGAACCAGGUAAAAAAGUAUCUUGGAAGAAGAGCAUGAAGAUUCUUCCACGAUCUCGUCCCGUAUAUAAUUUAUAUCAAUAUUCUGUGUCGGAAAUACAAUAUCAAAAACAUAGUCAAGAACUUUUAGAGGAUUUGAGUAAACCAGAAAUUGAAGGAAUUUAUGAAACUCAAAUGUCAUUAGAAUUCAGAGCUAUUCUUCAAUUGGGAUGCAUUUGUACAGUUGAUCCUAAAGCAGCACGCACGAUGGCAGAUGGUGCAGAUACGUUUUCUUUAGAUCAAUUAGAAUUCAAAAGUAUUGCUGUGCAACCUUAUCUUCAAAAUCUUCAUGAAAUCAAUUAUGUUUUCUUAUAUCAUCAUUGGAGUUCAAAUCAUCAAAGAGCUUUAUGGGGACUUUUUCUGAAUGCAAGUAAAAGAGCUCAUAUAUUUGUUUUGGAUUCUGUUUCAUCAAAUCAGAUGCCUAAUAUGAAUACAUUGUAUACUCAAGAACGAGAUAUUGUUAUAUCUAUGAAUGGAGCAGACAAAGUAAAAUUUUUACCAGAAUCAAUGCAAUUCACUUUGAAAUUUGAAACAAAUUUUCAACAAGUUUGCCGCAUUAUACAGGCAGCUAUAACUGCAUAUAAAAAUGAAGGAUAUAAUAUACCAAUAUUUAUUACUCAAACUGCUUUGGAUAAAACUGCAUUGGUAGCACAAAUGCCACUACUUAAUGAUUUUCCUUUAAUUAGUACCCAUGUGCAAGAUAUUGAAAAUUUAUAUAAUACACUGGAAUGGCAGAAAGUUGGUGCAAAAAUAAUGAUACGUCAUUAUUUUAAAAGUCAACAAAUUCUUGAACUAAUGUCGGAACAAUGUAGAUUCUUUCAUGCACCAAUUGGAAAUAUCCCAGCAGAUCCUGUUAUUUUUGGUGCAGAUUUAUUUUUUGCUAGACAUUUACAAAAAAAUAAUUUUGUAUUAUGGUGUUCUUCAACGGAAAAACCAGAUUUAGGUGGCAGUGAACAUGAUGAUAACAGAUUAUUAACGGAUUUUGAGGAAAGUUCACAAUGCGCUGCAAAUAAUUUUGGGACAUAUUCUAGUGUCUGCAUUGAAUUAGAAAUAGAAAAUUUAGCAGUAAAUACAUUAUUACAAUAUCAUCAUAUUCAUGAUAUUGAUGGAACUUCUAAUUUUGUUGCAUUUCACAAUCAACAACAAACAUCUGUUCAAGAUAUGGCAAUGGGUGAUUCUAUGACGAAUACGAUUCCUAGUUACGAUGAAAUAGUUCUUUGUAGUCCCGCUUUUAGAUCAUUACGAAGUAUGGUGAAUGCAUGGUUACUAGAUGUAUCAGUUUAUAAAAAUGUAUUUGCAGAUUAUCAAAUUAUACAUUUUUAUAGAUGGUUGCGUUCACCUAACGCUUUACUUUACGAUCCUGCUUUAAGAAGAACAUUGCAUACUUAUAUGAAAAAAUUAUUUGUACAAUUAUUAGCAGAAUUUAAAACUUUAGGAUCCAUAAUUGUUUUUGCGAAUUUUAAUAAAAUCAUUGUAUGUACUAAAAAAAGAGCAGUAAAUGAUGCAUUAGGCUAUAUAGAAUUUGUUGUUCAAACAAUACGUAAUAAAGAAAUUUUUCACAGUAUUGAAAUAACUUUUGAACAAUGUUGGGAAUAUCUAAAAUGGCUUGAUGUUCAUAAUUAUGCCGGCAUAAAAGGAAAAUUAACACAAAAUAUGGAAAGUAUUGCAAAUAAAAAUGUGAAUGAUGAAAAUUCUGAGAAUGAAGAUGAAGAUGAAGAUACUCCUGAAAUAGUAAUGAAUUGGAAUUUAAUGGAAUGUCUUCCUAAAGAAGCUGCAUGUCAAUCAAGUUUUAGCGCUAUAAUAGCGGGAUAUAUUAAUGCGAUUUACCAAUUUAUAUCUGAAAAUGAAUUGAAUGCUACUAUAAAACCUAGAAGAAAAUCAAACAGUCAAAGUUUAGCAGCACAAUUAGGAUUAGGAUCACUUGAAAAUACUGCAAAUUUUGCUAAAAAACUUAUAUCGGGAGAUAUGUCUCAGAAAUUGUUUCAAAUUGUGCAGAAAAUAUAUAAAAAACUUCCAGAAAUAACAUUAACAAUUCAAGAAUAUCCAAACUUAGAUUUAGAUGGUAAAGAUAGCAAAAGAAUUAAUCCUGCAUUGGAACUAGUUAAAUCAGUUUGUAAGGUUUUAUCUUUGGAUAAAGAAGUAGAAAAUGAAGUAUAUCAUUUACAAACAAAUUUGUUAAGAUUGAUUAGAAUUGGUAGUUUUAGUGAUGCAGUUGAAUGGAAAGAUCCAUGCAUUUCUUUGAUUUUACCUGAAAUUAUUUGUAAGGCAUGUAAUCAUACAAGGGAUAUUGAUCUUUGUAAAGAUAAUUUUUGUAUUAUGGAACAAAAUAGAUAUAUAUGGAAAUGUCCUCUUUGUAAAACAAGUUAUGAUAAUGAAGAAAUAGAAUUCCUUUUGAUAGAUUUAUUAAAUCGUAAGAGUAUGGGUUAUAUAUUACAAGAUUUACAAUGUUGUAAAUGUAAAGAAAUUAAAAGGGAAAAUAUGAAUGAAUUAUGUUCUUGUUCUGGUGAUUUUAAAACUUUAAUACCUAAAGAUGAAAUAGUAAAAUUUAUGAAAAUAUGCAAGUCUGUGGCCAGAAAAUGUGAUAUGGAAACUUUAAUGGAAAUAAUUCAAAAUACAAAACUCAUAGAAUGAAAAUAAUUUUAUCAAUAUAUAGAUAUUAUAAAUAACAAAUUAAAAAUGAAAACUAUAUUUGUA